GAAACCUUGUGACCACUUCAGGGACUGCCAGAGCAACAGUUGGAGCACUGCGACUUUGCCCGGGCUGUCUCAUCACACAAACAUGGACUGCGGCAUCAUCACCUCCAAGACCAUCCUCAUCUUCCUCAGCCUUGUCUUCUUGGCUGCAGGAGCCGGCUUGGCCCACGUGGGCGCCCAGGUUCUGAGCAGCUAUGGCACCUUCGAGAGCUUCAUUCAGGAAAGCCCAACGCUCAUCCCGGGCGUCGUCAUCAUCAGCAUCAGUGUGGUGAUGUUCAUCUUUGGGCUGCUGGGAUGCUGCGCUACCGUGAGGGAGUCCAAAGUGGGCCUGAGCUUUUUCUUCAUGAUCAUCAUGGUGAUGUUUGCAGCCGAGGUGGCCGCUCUGGUGCUCAGCUUCAUCUACCAGGGCAAGAUAAACGGCAACUUGGAGCGCUCCAUGAACAACGUCUUUGCAAAGUAUGACGGCCAAGACCCCGAGACUAAAGCUGUUGACCUUCUUCAGACUCAGUUGCAGUGCUGCGGUGUGAAAAACUACAGCAGCUGGUCCAACACGGCCUGGUACAACAGCCACAACAACACGGUGCCACUGUCUUGCUGUAAAAAUGUCACCGCACAGUGUACUGGCAGGAUGGACCAGUUGGACUUGAUCAAUUUAGCGGGUUGUGAAGCCAAGCUCGAGCACCUGCUGCAUGAUGUGCUGAAAUACGCCAUGCUGGUUAUUCUAGGUCUUGCUAUCAUCAAGUUCUUCGGGAUGCUGAGCGUGUGCGUGAUAACGUGUCGAGGUGGCGGACGGAGGAGCGGCUACCAGCCUCUCUACGCCUGAAACUGUCACCGUAUCAACACCGCAUAAAACUCACUGUAAAAAAACCAACAACCACAAAAAUCUGGAACGUUGCCUGUUGUAUUUUGUUCCUGAACGUUCCAUUCCGCUGACAGCCUACCUUUUUUUCUGUUACUAUUAGGAAUUGUUAAACAGCCACACAGGAUUUUAAUUUGCACAUAUUGUAGAUGAUAUAGCGUAAAAAGGUCAUAAAGUAUUCUUCACUGGAGGGAACAGUGCCUUUUAUGAGUUGCCAAUCAUAUUUAUAGUUCUAGCCCACUGAUUUGCUGCAUUUUACAGAUGCUUUAUUGUCUUUCUAAUAUAAUAAAUUGACUUUCACAUUAAAUUAA